CCAUGGGAUUCUCAUCAAGGUGAUAUAGUAGUGAAUAGCGUCGAAACUCCGAACAAGACAGGACGACUCACUGGCGUAGAGCAUUACCUCCAACAGCUCUCCUUGAAGGAGGACUACAAGGACAUCUGCACAGACUUUGACGAGUAUCGUCGCAACGGGCUGAGAGUGACUGAUGCAUGGGAUCCUAGUGAUGAGCAACCAGACGAAGCGGAGCAAGAGCGAUACAAGCAUCGCACUGACUACUCAUCCACACCCAUCCCGCGGCCACCGCCAGUGCAUACCGAGUACGAACACCAAAUCUACACAUGCACAACGACCAACCCCGCCAUCUGUCUCGCCAUAGUACGCAUCGCCCAACACAACCUCCCCAACAUAAACUUUCAAUCAGCGAUCAACCAUCUGCCCAACCUUUCCCCCGCAGGCCGGCUUCCCAAAUUACCAUUCGGCGUUCUGGCAGAAGACAUAGCACACAAGCAGGAUGUGGAAAACGACGAAGACAUUACCGUACUUUUCCUACCGCGGUUCUAUCACGACGGCAGACAUGCGGUGGGGUACUUCACUACCGAUUCGCCCCCAACGAACUCCACACAGGGCUCCUGGAAGGCGCUCAUGCAAUAUGUGCGACAGAUGCUAUUCACACCGUGUACGCUCGAGGAUCUGGAGGCGUACGGGCUGAUUAGGUAUGCGGCUGUUUCCAGAGCCCAAGACGAUAUCGAGGGAGGCGAUGCAUCUGUGCAGAGUAUCGGCGCGAGGGGGGGUCGCUGGCUUCAGUAUGAUAGCGUGGAGGAUUGGGAUGAGCGGAGGGCGGCGUUUCAUAUUGUCGAGACGCUUUGGGAUAAGCGGUUG